AUGGAAAAGGUGCAGUCGAAGGUUGACGACGCCGAAGCCCAAGUUUCCGACAGCGAAAGCACUACCUAUGUCAUCAACGCCCUGGUCAACGAAGAUCACGAGCAUGAGAUCAAGCUUCGGACAAUGACAUGGCAGCGCGCUGCCUGGCUGCUUGCUGGCGACCAGGUCUGCCUCGCCAUCAUGGCGCAGUCCUGGUCUCUCUCGGUCCUCGGAUGGGUUCCCGGCAUCAUCACGAUGGUGCUGGCGGGGAUUCUGUUCUACAUUACGUCACUGACGAUGCACGCGUUCAUCAUGAAGAACCCGCAAAUCAAGGAUAUCUGCGACUUUGGAUACCACGCGUUUGGCCAGAGCAGAGUCGCGUACGAGGCCACUGCGCUCAUGCUGCUGCUCAAUAAUGUCAUGUUGAUUGGGUUCCAUAUCCUCACGGGCGCGAAGAUCCUCAACACCCUGUCGGAUCACUCGCUGUGCACCGUUGUCUUCUCCGUCAUCGUAACGCUCAUGGGCAUCGUCAUGUCCCUGCCCCGGACCCUGCGACACGUGUCCUUCAUGUCGAUGGUCUCGGCUGCGUGCAUGGGUGUGGCCAUCCUACUGUUCCUCGUCUUCGCCGGCAUAGAAGCGCACCCGGGGUACGGAUACAACGGCGUGUACCCCACAGCCGGCGCGGUCAAGACCCUAGCGUUCCCCGAGAAGAGCACGACCUGGGUCGCCGCGAUGAACGCCAUGCUGAAUAUAACCUUCCUCUGGGUCCCGCAGAUUCUGUUCCCGACAUUCAUCGCUGAGAUGCAGAGACCGCAGGACUUUCCCAAGGCGCUGAACGUGCUGGCGGUCAUCUCGGCGGUGCUCUUCAUUGUGCCGCCUGCGGUCGGAUACCACUAUCUGGGCGGGUAUGCGACUGCGCCUGCCUUUGGGUCGCUGGGGACGGUGGUGUAUAAGAAGGCUUCUUUUGCGUUUGUCAUUGUGCCGACGCUGGUGAUUGGCGUUAUUUACGCUAAUGUCAGCGCCAAAUUCGUUUACGGCCGCAUCAUGGGCGGGAGUCGGCAUGCGCACAGCAACACCGUGGUCGGGUGGGGGGUGUGGGUCGUUGUGAUGACGGCGAUCUGGUUCGUUGGGUUUGUGUUCGCGGAAGUGAUUCCUUCGAUGGGCGAUUUCCUCAGUCUGCUGGGCGCCGCGUUCGACUCGUUCUUCGGGUUCAUCUUCUUCGCAGUCGCGUACUGGCAGAUGCACAGGAGCAAUCUAUUCGGCGGCGCAUGGCGGAGUGUGAAGACGCUCACGCAUGGCUUCAUCCUGCUGUGCGGACUCUUCCUCCUCGGACCGGGGCUGUAUGCUGCGGUGCAGGCUAUUAUUGAUGACUAUAGCGGCGCCGUGAAGCCGGCCUUUUCUUGCGCGAAUGUGGCUAUCUAG